AUGGGAACAAGCCACCUUCCAAAACGGAAGGUGGUGGCUUUGAGAGGCGGUCCGGCAGCAGAGAGGAGGUCCGCAUCACAAACUUGUCAGCGGCGACGCGAGAACCGGCGGCGGAGAGGAGAAAAACAUAUCUGCGCCGGAAAGAAGGAGCGGACGUGGGAGGCGGAGAGAAAGAGGACCGGCGGCGGAGUGAAGGCGAGGAGGCAGACGGCGGGAAAAAGAGAGAUAACGAGCGACGAGAACGGCGGAGAGAAAGAGAGGAGACGAGCGGACGGCGGGGAAGAGAAGAGAGAGGCCGGAGACGGCGGGGAAGAGAAGAGAGAUGGCAGGGAGAAAUGA